GUAUGCAUCUUGCAAGGAACGCAGAGCGGUGAACUUUUUCAACCCGUCAGGUGUUCUGGAGCAGGCGGAAGAAUUAUGUAUUUAAUGUAAAAAGAUUAGAACAGAGGGGAAGUGAACAAUAAGAUAACAGUUCAUGUCACUAACUCAUUGGAUUCACAGCUACGACUGUUUUGUCUGAUGGACCCGAAUACUACAGUUUAAAGGACUGAGAGAUUUCUGCAGUAUGGCUACACGAUUUUGGAUCAAACCCCAGUAUUUCCGAAUAGCCAUUCCGGCUUUGUGGACAUUUUUUGCUCAGGCCCAGCCUGUACACGACGGCGAUAAAGUUCACAAGAGAGAAACCACGAUUGUCAUCAUCGGUAAAACUGGAAAUGGAAAAAGUUCCCUCGGGAAUGCGAUUACUGGCCAGCAAAGUUUCACGGUUGGGAGAUCACUGUCUUCAACCACACGUGAAGUGCGAGUCGUCAAAGCCCAAUGGGGGGACUCAGUGGUAAAGGUAAUUGAUACUCCCGAUCCGGUCAAUUCUAAUCUGACUCCUGAGCAGCUCAAUACAGAAAUAAAAAAGUGGAAACGACUGACCUCCCCUGGCCCAUCCGCCAUCUUGCUAACGGUCAGAUGUGAUGUUCGCUAUACAGCUGAAGAGUACGACAUCUACAAGAAGAUAAAGGCAGCAUGGGCAGACGACUCGUUCAAACAUGUGCUUGUGGUCGCCUUUACAUUUGGCGACCGUCAGGACACAGACCUUGACGAGGAGCUGAAGACCGUGUGUCCGGAGCUCAAGAAUGUCUUGAAAGACUCAGGAGGUCGCUAUGCGCUGUUUAAUGCUUUGGGUUCCAAAGAAGAAAUUAAAGAGCAAGUGAAGAAACUUCAAAACAUAAUUGAUGGCAUUGGCAGAACAUCUUUGACGACUGGAUCUUCAGAGGAGGCGAGGAACAGCCCUGGUAAAAUAUCUUCACAAGAAGCGCCUGGGUCACCUGAUUUUUUAAAGUCUGCGAACUUUAAAAAUGUGAUGGCCAUUUCAUGUGUAGGUGUUGGCAUUUUAGCUGCUGUGAUUUUCAAGAAAAAGUUUUAGACUAAACCUCUUUUUUAAUUCAGUUGUAUAUCGUGUUCAGUCUGUCCCAGAAGGACUCAAUCGAGCAUAAAAUAUAUACAGAAUGAUCAUCAUAAAACUAUUUUACGAAAUUAACAUAUAAGAACUUCUGCAUUUAGGAUUUAUGUGUAUCUUUGGUUGCAAAGAAAAUAUUUAAUUCUGGAAUUAUUUUAAAAGUAAACAUUCUUUGUUUGUCCUUUUUGUAACGCGUACUUCGUAACUAUGAUGUCUUUGCCAAAAUGUUUUUCUCUUCGUGUCUUUUGACAAAACAUGGAAUAAAGAAACAAAAUACCAGUAAAUGAUACCCAGGUAAUGCGUAGGAUACUUCCUGUGAACAAAUUGUUUAAUAGAAAUCGGAUUAUGCCAAAUUUUACACCCUAAGAAUAAUAUUAAGUCUCAACGCAGGAACAUCACACAGACGGGAGCAUCAUUGAGUUUUAGAAGGCG